CUUUGUCGCUCACAGACCCUAUUAAAACUUUCGUCUUCUCUUCACAAUAAGUUCCGGGAUAUUUUGCUCGUGGAUCCAAUUCGCAAUGUAGUUUUAAUUUUCAUAUUCUCAGCUUUCACUUGAGUGAUGCGUGAAUUCUAUUGAUCAGAAACUGUCGACCCUGAUUCCAUCCUUCUCCUCUUCCGAUCCCUCCAACUAGUCACUUCAAUCGGCUCUCCUUAAGGAUGUAUUUAAAGCAGUUGUUUCAGCAAAGUUUCUCUUACAGCACAUUGUCUAGGAGUUCAUUAACGCCGUCAGUAUCCUUGAACGCAAUCUCUCUUUAUUUCCAAAGAAGCCAACUUAUUUCCUCUCUCAAACACGCUCUCAGGUCCAACGCACCUCUUGAGUCGCUUGCAUCUCUUGUGAACACUCCUCUUUUGGACUCCUUUGUCGUCUCUCGUGCCCUCCAGUACGCGCCAUCAGCAGACUCCGCUCUCUUGCUCGUGAAAACCCUAAAGAAUGUCCCACAUUUUUCACAUACCCGAAUGACCCUCAAAGCUUUAGGCAUAGUCCUCGCCAAGUUUCGAAGAUUCCCCGAGCUUCAAGGCUUGAUCAGCUCCAUUCGUAACAAGGACUUCCCUGACGUUAGCACAAAAAGCAUUGAUAUGGAUGAAUUCUUGUGGUACGCUGUUUCCGGAGACGUCGACACUGUACUGCAUGUUUGGGAUAAGAUUAAAGGGUCCAGGGGCCGUCGAUGCAUCGAGGCAUACAACAUACUCAUGGGUGAUCAUGCCAAAGCAGGCAACAAUUCUGAGGCCGUGAAGGUUUUCUAUAAAAUGAUGGAGGAGAACGCGGUUCCUAACUCUCGAACAUACACCGCCAUGAUUGAGCAUCUUGUAAGUUCAGGCAAAUUGGACUCUGCCAUAGAGGUGUUUUGUAUAUUGCCGAGAAUGAGGAUAAGGCGCUCCUCAAGGAUGUACGCCCCUUUGUUUAAGGGGCUUAUGGAUGCGAGACGGUUCGAAGUUGUUAGUGAUCUCAAGAAUGAAAUGCAGAUUGAUGGAGUAAUUUUGCCGUCGCGUCAAUGUAGUAAUGAGGAGGGAGAGGAUGAAGAUGAGGAUGAUGCGGAGUUGGCGUCUAAAAUCAGAAUUGAACCGGAAAUUAUAUCGACAUUGCGUGACACAAAUGAGGGAGUAUCACUGGAAAUUUUAUCGGCAUUGGAUGACACAAAUGUGGCAUGGACAAGUGUCCUGGUUUGCAAGACUCUUUUGCGAAUGUUUGACGACUAUGAAGAAGUCGACAAUAUAUGGGCGUUUUAUUGUUGGUUGGGCAAUAAACCAGGACGAUUCACUCAUGAUGCACACACAGCAUCAACAAUGUUAAAAAUCAUAGCUUUUUGGUGUAGUGAUAAGGUGCCUGAUUGGUCCUACAAUUGGAAGAAGUGUAGGGAUACAUGGUGUAGAUAUGAUUUGCUUGAUGAAUUAAUCACAAAAAUAAAAGAGGGUGGAAUUAGCUUAUCUUACAUUACUCUUAACUAUAUCAUUGACCGCCGUAGGGCAAAAGGUGCUGUAAGAAUUUUCCGUCAUGUGGAAGAAAUUUGCAACCCUCUAUCAAAAUUCCAUCUGAUGAUUUUGUACUCCUCUCUUAUACGAAAAUUGACACAAGAUAUUUUUUGUCCUCUUGGUGCAUUAGAUAUGCUUGAAGAGAUGAUUUUUCGUGGGGUUCUUCCAGAUAUCCCAACUUUUACUGGAUUGAUGUAUUAUUUCUCACGAAAGAGAGACUUGCUCACAGUGGUGAAACUUUUUCGAAUGGUUCAACGGAAUAAUUUAAGGCCAGAUGCAUUUAUGUUUCAGAUUCUCAUCCGUGCUUAUCUUAGGUGUGGGAAGGUUGAUCGUGCAUUUAAGGCUUUCAAAGAUAUGAGGGAUUCUAAUUUCAUGCCUGAUUCUGCCACAAAAGCACUGCUUGUUAACUGUCUUUCCAAGGAAGGUAUGUCGGAGGAAGUGGCAGUCGUAGAAGCUGGAAGCGACGAGAUUAAUCAUCUUCCUCCACUUCCAUUGCAUGCUUAUAUAUGGAAUGUUUCCUCAUUUGAUCUCAAAAGAGUUUACGAAAUCUAUUAUCAUAGCUUCCGAGCUGCAACUAGUUAGAAUUAUGAAUGCGGUAUAUGUUAGUGAUUGGGAUUGGGUGUAUCAAGGGAUUUUUUACUUGAGGUUGGUUUGUUUUAAUUUAUUGGGUUAAAUACGUUCGACCCCCUACA